CAUCCUUGUGCAGUUUUAAGUUCUGAUCGCUUCAGUGGCCACUCGUCCUGUUUACUUUCACCCCGGAGAGCCGGGCCGCCUAGCGGAGAAUAUUAGAAUUUGCAUGGACAUGGUCGUCGCUUGAAUGAAUUCCAUAGCGCGAAGAGAGAUUGUUAAGUGGCGAAAACUAUGAGCGGUUGACACAACAAGCCUCGUUCAGAUAGUACACAGGGUGUUCGUAUCAGAGGCUAUGGAGUUGCGGGUUUAGUUAUCAAUUGUUAUAAGUAGUAAACAAACGGCUUAUUAAGAUUGGAAGUUGAUCAUUUUUACAUGAAUUAUCUUGUUGCAUGUUCAAACAGAAGCGCCGAUGCUGCGGAUGAUAAUUGUGUACAAGUCGGCGACCGGCAUAAUCGCUCAUCCGUUAAUUUCCGGGACGCUAUAUAUUCUUCAAACUGCAAAUCUCGAGUCUUCUUCUGUCAGUUGCAUAGCUGCCUGAAAAGAUUGGACUUCAUAUGAAAAAAGUUGCAAUUGUUACAAAAAACAUGUUAUACAAGUCAAUAAGCGAUUUCGAAAAUGAAACGAAAUUAUUGUGUUCUAUUUUAGAAUCUUCCCCGAGGGACCAACAGUACUAUUACUACGAUGAAGCAGAAAGCAUCGGGUUGCAGACGAUCAGCGGAUCCACAGUGCAGCAGACGUAUUCAACGCCCGGUUCCCCAUCGCAGACGGUCAGUCAGUACUGCGCCAUCUGUCGGGACAGAGCCACCGGGAAACACUACGGUGCUGCGAGCUGCGACGGAUGCAAGGGGUUCUUUAGGCGCAGCGUCAGGAAAAACCACGCGUAUUCUUGCCGGUUCCAACGUCAAUGUACGGUAGAUAAGGACAAGCGGAACCAAUGCCGCUAUUGCCGCCUCAAGAAGUGCUUCCGGGCUGGAAUGAAGAAAGAAGCGGUGCAGAACGAGCGGGACCGUAUCAGCGUUCGGCGCACGAGCUAUGACGACAUAAGCCACAACGGCGCACUGUCCGUCAGUACGCUUUUGAAUGCGGAGCUUUUAUCCAGACAGACAAUUCCAGUGAUAACGUGCAAUAACGAAGACCUUCUACGGAAGCGCGUGGCUACCAACAACGACAUAUGUGAGUCCAUGAAACAACAGCUACUCAUCCUGGUUGAGUGGGCCAAGUACAUUCCCUGCUUCUGCGAGCUGCCCAUCGAUGACCAGGUGGCAUUAUUGAGAGCACAUGCUGGCGAACACCUAUUACUCGGAGUCGCAAGGCGCUCAAUGCAUAGCAAUGACACGCUGUUGCUGGGAAAUGACGUCAUCAUUCCGAGAAACGUGGCUGAUGUUGAGAUCUCUAGAAUCGCUGCGCGCAUCCUGGAUCAGAUCGUGAAGCCCCUAAGAGACGUUCAGAUAGACGAGUCGGAAUUCUCCUGUCUGAAGACCAUCGUGUUCUUUGAUCCAGAUGCAAAAGGACUCAGUGAUUCCGCGCGAGUCAAGCACUUCCGGUACCAAGUACAGGUUAAUUUAGAAGACUACAUCAAUGACCGCCAAUACGAUUCCAGGGGCCGUUUUGGUGAGAUCUUGUUACUACUUCCGGCGCUCCAGAGCAUCACGUGGCAGAUGAUUGAGCAGAUACAGUUCGCAAAGAUGUUCGGGAUCGCAAACGUCGACAAUCUUUUACAGGAAAUGCUGCUCGGAGGUGCAUCGGCAGACGCUGUAUCCACGUCCGUUAACAACAACCAAAUACAUCUCGGCAACCAGGUCACCGAGAGCAACGCCUCUAGCGCGCUCAUGUCUCCAUCCAUGGUCAUCAGCUACCGUGACCUCCAGGGGUCAGAAGAGGAGGACACUUUGACCUUCAGUGGCGCGCUCAAUCUCGGCGUCAUGAACAUUGCGAACCAGUCGUCGCCAAUCGGCGCUGGUAGCUUCUGUACGGGGCCCUAUAUUCCGGAUAUCCAGUUGGAAAAUUCUCCGCAGAAUACCGUGUCCCCAGCGGACCCUAAUUUGAACCUCGGACCCCUAGGAAGCCCGCAUGGCUUUACUGGUAACAUGAUCAACACCACCGGAAGUUGCAGUUCCUCGCCACUGCACGAGCCCUUUAACUUGACAACUGUGUCGAAGUUUAAGCAGGAGAUUGCUUAGGUCAUUUAACAUAAUUAUUGCUGCUUGACGCUGGUGUGUGUAUUGAAAAUGAUGUGUUUUCAGAUUUUUAAACGAUCACACACAUGAACUUAUCACAAUGCCCGGGUAAGCGUCACUAUCGUUUGAUAUCACGGAUGUCUUUUGUUUUUGCUUUCCACGAAAUAGUAAAAACAUGUGUGAGUCAUAUAUGCUCACUAUAAUGACUAUUUACGCAACGGUACGUUGUAUAUUAUGCAUAUGUAUAUGUGACAUUAAAAUGUCUGUGUAAUCUUGAGUUAAAUUACGUAAAUACGCCUAAUCACAGAUUAAAGCUAUAAUUUUUUGCGUCACUAAUAUGUAUAUAUCCCUUUCCCGUAUGUCUAUUUAUCACAUUUAUGCGUUGAAGGUUAGAUAAUUGUUGAAACAUAGUUCAUGACAUUUGUCCUUUUGCAGGGUGUAUUUAAGAAAUAUAGAUGUAUGCUUGUCAUGCACGAUUCUAGUAUUAUAAAAUCAAUUCUUAUAAAUUGUCAACUGAAUGUUCUCUGCUUAAACCAUUUAUGCCUAGCGUCUACAAAAAAGACCUUGGUAAACAGCGUAGACCUGGAUGCAUAAUGCGGCGUCUCAUCAGGGUCUGCGCUGUUUGCUUAAAAGAAUUUCUGUAAGAAAUAUUCUAAAUACAGAAAUAAAUAUACCUGACAUCCCUAAUUUGGAAAUAAAUUGAUCCAAUUUAGAAGGAUGGGAGAGUCCACUAGGCAUAAAUAAGUUAAGCAUGUGACUAAAUGUCAUAGUAAAACCUCAAACAUUCGAUUUAAGCAUGUUUAGAAAGGGGAACAACUCUUCAAACUCUAAACGGAGCAACUUGUGAUAUGACGUAUCAGUAUCCCCGCUUGUUUCAUACCACCUGAUGAUUUUGCCAAAACGCACAAAGCGUUAACAUUUCUAGUCAAAUUACAGGGUCAAUCAAAUGUAAAUUUUGUGAAUGAUCUGUUUCUUUCUUAUAUCUGAGAGAUUUCACAUGUAUCAAUAUAUGUAUUGUUUGUUGUUGUUGUUUUUUUCCGUGCGAAAUAAUAAUGUAUUUCUAUUACGCUUACUAUCUAGUGAUAUCUGCGCGUGACGUGUCUGAGUGUUAUUUUUUAAUGGACUAUUUUUGUUAAGUUUACCAUUUGAUACUAAAUUAUAUUUCAGUUGAAAAUCCAUCACUUUCGUUUGCAUAUUGUAAAUAUGUUUUUAAGUGUUUUAUUGUUUAUGGAUAUGACCAUAUGAUAAUGUAUGCUUUACGAUUAAUAUAUUUAGAAUCAAUAUGUGAUAGUCGAACUAUAACAUAUACUAUAAAACAUAUUGUACUAUAUUGGACAAUAAAAUGUAUUUUCAUUUGAAUAAAAUUAAAUGGAUAAAAGCAAUGUGAACAAAUACAAAUGAUCUCACCUGCA